AGAGUGUAGCGAAGCCUCCAGCGACCUUCUUGGUUGAGGGCAGAAUUGAGGGUGGCGUUGCUUACGCUGCCCCGGCAUUCUCCUGGACCCACGUGGAAGUCGCGCUCAGGAUGCUGCGUCGUGAGGCCCGCCUUCGCCGGGAGUACCUGUACCGCAAGGCCCGCGAGGAGUCGUUGCGAACCGCCCAGGAGAGGAAGGAGAAGGUUCGGCGCGCCCUGGAAGAGAAUCGCCUGAUUCCCACCGAGUUACGCAGGGAGGCUCUGUCCUUACAGGGGUCCCUGGAGUUCGAUGACGCCGGCGGUGAAGGUGUGACCAACCACAUGGAUGAUGAAUAUCGAUGGGCAGGGGUCGAGGAUCCUAAGGUCAUGAUCACUACCUCCCGAGACCCCAGUUCCCGCCUCAAGAUGUUUGCAAAGGAGCUGAAGUUGGUGUUCCCAGGUGCCCAACGCAUGAACCGUGGCCGGCAUGAGGUAGGGGCACUGGUGCGAGCCUGCAAAGCCAAUGGUGUCACUGACCUGCUGGUUGUCCAUGAACAUCGAGGCACACCUGUGGGGCUCAUUGUCAGCCACCUGCCCUUCGGCCCUACUGCUUACUUCACACUGUGCAAUGUGGUCAUGCGGCACGACAUCCCUGACCUGGGCACCAUGUCCGAGGCCAAGCCCCACCUCAUCAUGCAUGGCUUCUCCUCCCGACUAGGCAAGCGGGUCUCCGACAUACUCCGUUACCUGUUCCCUGUGCCCAAAGAUGACAGCCACCGGGUCAUCACCUUCGCAAACCAAGAUGACUAUAUCUCCUUCCGGCACCAUGUAUAUAGGAAGACCAGCCACCGCAGUGUGGAGCUGACCGAGGUUGGACCUCGCUUUGAACUGAAGUUGUACAUGAUCCGCCUGGGCACGCUGGAGCAGGAGGCCAUAGCAGAUGUGGAGUGGCGCUGGCACCCGUACACCAAUACCGCACGCAAGAGGGUCUUUCUGAGUGCUGAGUGAACGCACACGCUGGUCAGGACGCGGGCCUGGACCCAGGACUUGGGGAGCGGUCAGAAUAAA